UGCCUUUGCUUUCUGCCUUUUUCCAGAAGAACCGUGGGGAGACAUGAGAGGGAAAAGUUGCAGCCAGGGAUGGGGUUGGAAAGGCAAGAAGAGUCUCAGGUGGGGAAGGGUAGGGGGAAGCUGGAGCAGGGAUCUGGGCUGGAGGAAGCAGAGCGGGCCUGGACUGGGGACGAGGGAGGAUGGAUAAACAUGGCAGUGGGAAGAACGUGGCCCCUGGGGCAGGAGGAGGCCAUCCAUUCACCCUGGUGACCUCGUUAAACUCCCUGCCUUAGACUCAGGACAAGCAGAUGGGCAGGAUUCAUUUGUGUCCUGGGGCCGCUGUGGGACGGAGCUUGUCACAAGGCCUUUAGACUUCAUGAAGCUUCUGCUGGUGGCUCAGCACUGUUGGGAUCUGUAGGGAGCAUCUGAAAGGACCCAUGUGAAGGGGUGCUGAGAGUUACUGUGUGUGGGGAGCGGGCACGUCCUCGGGCCCUGAGCUGCCUGAGGACAGAGCAGAGGAAGUGAGCUCAGUGGCACGACACACCGCAUGAGGGGUGGGACUCGUGUGCCAACUGGCCUGUGGCUGCCAGCAUCUGAAGGGCGGUUGGAACUCUUCUAGAGAUGAUGUCCAGAGAUCUGAGAUUCCAAACCUUUCAAGGAUGUGGAUUCCUACAAAGAGGAGAUGAGGAGAUCAAGGACUUUGGUGAAGGUCUCCACUGUCCAUGAAGCUGUGACCAAAGGCAUCCCAUUGCCCCAACUCAUCUGCCCUGCAGCCAUAGCCCACACUCCCAUGCCCUGCCUCCCCUUCUUCUGGGACUGUCUCUGUGCCACUUCCAGGCUCCUACCCUGGAAUCUGGAGAUGAAUGUGAUGCCAGGACGCCGGUGCGCCCGAUGAUACCCCCAGCCUAGCUCCUCCCUGCACAUUGGCACGAUGCUAGCCAACUUCUCCACCAACCCUUUGACCAGUGGCCCUGUUUUCAAGUGUCCAGACCACCAGUCCACCCACCGCCUGCACUUGGUGGUCUACAGUCUGGUGCUGGCCACAGGGCUCCCCCUCAACGCGCUGGCCCUCUGGGUCUUCCUGCGAGAACUGCGCGUGCACUCCGUAGUGAGCGUGUACAUGUGCAACCUGGCGGCCAGCGACCUGCUCUUCACCCUCUCUCUGCCCUUGCGCCUCUCCUACUACGCGCGGCACUACUGGCCCUUCUCAGACCUCCUGUGCCAGCUGGCGAGCGCCGUCUUCCAGAUGAACAUGUACGGCAGCUGUAUCUUCCUGACCCUCAUCAACGUGGACCGCUACGCGGCCAUCGUACACCCGCUGCGGCUGCGCCACCUGCGGCGGCCCCGCGUGGCGCGGCUGCUCUGCCUGGGCGUGUGGGCGCUCAUCCUGGUGUUCGCGGUGCCCACCGUGCUGGCGCACCGGCCCUCGUCCUGCAUCCGCAACGACAGCCACGAGGUGCAUCUGUGUUUCGAGAACUUCAGCGACGAGCUGUGGAAGGGCAGGCUGCUGCCACUCUUGCUGCUGGCGGAGGCGCUCGGCUUCCUGCUGCCCCUGGCGGCUGUCGUCUACUCGUCCGGCUGCGUCUUCUGGACCCUGGCGCGGCCCGACGCCACGCGGAGCCAUCGGCGGCGGAAGACGGUGCGUCUCCUGCUGGCCAGCUUGGUCAUCUUCCUGCUGUGCUUCGUGCCCUACAACGCCACGCUGGCCGUGUACGGGCUGCUGCGCGUCAACGUGGUGCCGGCCAGCACCUCGGCGCGCGAGCAGGUGCGCGAGGUGCUGAUGGUCAUGGUGCUGCUGGCCGGCGCCAACUGCGUGCUCGAUCCGUUGGUGUACUACUUCAGCGCCGAGGGUUUCCGCAACACCCUGCGCGGCCUGAGCACACCUCUCCGGACCAGGACUUCGGCCACCACGCUCCCGGAACAGCCCGCCGAGCCCGCCCACGCCAUCGGGACCGGGACUGCUGCCAGCCAGGGGCUGCUCGGGCCCUCCAAACUCGGCUCGUCCUUCACCCAGUGCCCGGAGGAUUCGUGCCUCUGAACUUCGUGCCAGAGCUCGGUCCCCCCACCUUCCCCCACCCCGCCCCUUUCACAUUCGCAGCGGUGCAGGCUGUACGCAGCGGGGCUGCAGGUCGAGCGUUUGGACUUCUGGGUGUCAGCUCCCACUCACAAAUGCAGAAUAGAACAAAGUGUGGGGGCCAGGGGCACGGGGAAGGGAGAGCGCUGCUGGAAAUGGUUUUAAUUGGAUGGUGAUGAGAGCGCGGAGGGACCCCUGCCCCACUGCGUGAAAAGCGCUGCUGCGAUCCUGUCCUUGCAGAGGCGGGAGGGUGGAUGCUGUGCCUUUGGCGGAGUAUGGAACACGGCCAAGCUGGUAGCUGGUAGCUGGAGUAGAAGAUGAAUGUCCUACCUUUAGACCCACCUUAACAGUCUUAGGGCCGUGGACACCACCCACUCUUCUUUCCAACCUGGGCUCCCCCCCCACCCCGGCCCAGCAUUGAGGCAUAAUACAAGGUGGAUUGGAUGUUGGAGUUCUCUUGUGGCUCAGCAGAUUAAGGAUCCAGCCUGUGCCUUGGAUCCAGUGCUGUGGCUUGGCUCACUGCUGUGCCGCAGGUUCAAUCCCUGGCCGGAAACUUCCGUAUACUGCGGGAAUGGCGGGAAUGCGGUGGAGUAAAAAGAAAAAAAAAAGAGCAUUGGAAGCUGUUUGAAAUGGUUUCCUUCUUAUUUAGCGACUUUUAACAAUUUUGACCUGAUACCCAGCAUUGGGUGAUUAGGGGCCAGAGCAAAACUGAAUAAGAGGAGUUUUUCCUCCAAGUUCCUGGUUCCUGUUCCUCUUUCUCAGUCCUGCCUUCUCCUUCCACCUCAUCCCUCUUUCAAGACCUCCUCCAUUCUGGUUCCUAAGCUCUCCUCUCUGUCUCUGCUGCUUCAUCUAGAAAAAGGAGAAUAUUCUUUGUACUAAAGUAGCAGUUCUCAAACUUUCUGGUCUCAGACCCUUUUACCUUCUUAAAAGUGGAAAAUUCCAAAGAG